CUUAACAUUGAAGAGAUACUGUGAGACACUAAGUAACACUAUGGCGGAUGCGAAACUGAUCUUAUUAUCGUUGUGGUUUUUUUUGGGAACAUGUUCUACCUCUGAUAAACUACGAUGCAGGUUUCCAGCUCAAUGGCAAAGCAAUGUUUACUUUGAUUUCGGACUGAUGUUCACAGUUCCUACACAGGCUCGUGCAUCAGGCAUUUACUAUUAUGACUAUACCAACAACCAGACGAGGCUGGACCUGAAGGGAAUAGAUCUGGCGUACAACACAUCUUAUGAUUACACUUUCCUAUGGAAGUUUAACGAAUCCGCAUUCUACACCAUUGACUAUAUAAACAAGAGCUGUGACAGGGAGGUACAACAGAGCGACUUCUGGCGGCAGUGGGAGGGUGUGCCUGGGGAGGCGUCGCCAACUUAUUUUGGAGGCAUAGGGGGGAACCAGGAACGCUUCGGACAGUACCAGUUCCUAAAAUUGGUCAAGCAUUCUGACAAUGAAACUCUAGCAGUGGCCAUAGAUGUUAAAGUCGGUGAUGUAUGUCCGCCUAGCCGGCUAGUCCUGGAAGAAUACGGAUUCGAUCCUUUAGGGGUGUUUGCGUAUAACUAUGAGUUUCUAGAUCCUUCAGAUAUUCAAAAUCCGAAAGUAUUCAACAAUCCAACCAACUGUAAAAACAUCACAACAGCGCAAAAUGUCCAUCGGAACCGUCUAGUUCACAGACAUGUUGGCCUGUUCGUGGGAUAGCCAAUAAAGAGUGGAUUUCUGUAUCCCCAAAUUGAAAAAUUGAAAAAGAACGUGAAUAUGUCCAAAGUACUAUGUGAACAAGAUUGUUUUGCAAUUUGUUUCUGUACGCGAUUGUAGAAUAUCUGGACGUGACGCAAAUGUCUAUAAUACAGUGUAAUGGUUAAUAUCUAAGAUAAAAAGACUGUAAGAAAUAUUGUUUUGUUAAAUUAAAAACAUAACUGCAAUAUGAAUAUAAAUGU